AUGUCCGCGAUCGCCGGCGGUCACGGCGCUCGAUUCGCCCUCGUCGUGAGCGAGCGCGCGUCGACGUCGAAACGAGCUCGACGGACGCGUCUUUGCGCGUCGACUCGAUCGACGACGCGCGUGGAUGGUGGGUGGGUGAAGAACACGGCGAGCGUCGUGGCGCCGGUGCCGAUUCAGGUGGCGUGGGAGCUGUGGCAAGAUAGAACGAGGAUUCCAAACUGGAUGCCGUGGAUCUCGUCGGUGUCGUACCUUCCGGAGGACAGGACGAAGACGAAAUGGACGCUUUCCACGGAUCAGUUCGGGCAGCACUUUGAGUUCUCGUGGCUCGCUCAGGACCUGGAGCCGGUGAAGUACGAGCGAAUCUCGUGGGAGUCGCUCGAGGGACUCAAGAACAAGGGCUCGGUCAACUUCGCGAAGGAUCCCGCGGGGACUCGGCUCGAGAUGGAAAUCAGUUAUGAGGUGCCAGCGCCGCUCGUCCCGUUCGGCGCGGCAGUCUCACCGCUGGUAGAGUCCAUACUGUCCACCGACCUAAGGCGCUUCUCGACGUUCUCAGAAAAGGUUGCCAAGGCUAUGUCCAAGUCCAAUGGACCGUAA